GGAGCGAGCGAGGAGAGCUGCCAACAGAACAGCAGUCCAAUCCACGCGCAGCCGGGACUCCUUCUGGCGCCAGGCGCGCGCGGUUCACUGAGAUUCAGAGAGAGAGAGCGACAGAGGGAGAGGCGCGUGACGAGUCGGAGCGGUGUGGCUCCUCGAGACCCUCGCUGGGACACCACCUCCUCCUCCUUCGCAGUGAUAGUCAACAAGUGCGGCCGUCGCGUUGCGUUUAAUUAGAAGAACCAACAUCAGCCGCAUCUGGAUUUCUCCUCGAGAUUUGGGAAGUUCCACGCGCACCGCUCAGGAACUUUCGCGCGUUUCCAGCCCCUUCAUAUACGGACACACUGAAGUAGUACUUUUUAAAAAUAAUGUGCUUUUUCUGUUUGCUUUCAAAGACCUUCUUUCUAAAGACCCGCACGCGAGUGUUUUGUUAGGUUGCCUUUCUGCCGAGGCUGGGUGGAAAAAAGUGGGUAAAAACCUUCCAGAAUCCAAUUUCCAGUGCACAACAUGGUGAGAGGAUUCCAGCGUUGCUUGGUUAGCUCCUAGCUCUCUGAAGCUUUUAACAUCCUCACAAUAAAACCUGAAAAUACAGGUCUCUGCUGGAAUAUGUUCAGCAAACAGCUCAAUUUUUGGAUGAGUGCCUUCGAAAUAUAUUUCAAAAGGUUAUAUAAAACUCUUUCAAAUCAAUUUUAAAGGAUUAUCUGGAGAUAAGCCCAGAUGCUUCUGUGAAUAAACUGAUCAUUUUGGUAUUUUUUAAGCGCUAAUGAAGCUGUGAUUAUCCUCAUUAAAUGCUGAGAAACAGGUGACAUUAUGUUUGCUUUUGCCUGACAGAACUUGCAGGAGGUCACUGCUGAAUAUGCAGGACUUAGCAGGGCCUGAUAUGCACAGGAAAUCCCUGAUCUUCAGCGGCUUUGCCCUCUUAUGGGGCUUGCUGUUUGGAAUAUUUUUCACAAGUGUACCAGUGGUAGCUUGUCCCACAAGCUGUCACUGCGUAGAGAAGAAUGGCUUAACCGUGGUCCAGUGUAUGUCUCGUAACCUGGAGAAGAUCCCUGCGGAUCUUCCAACAGAUACUGUUAUCCUGCUUUUGGCAUCCAACCACAUCACUCACAUCCCCCAUCAUGCCUUCAAGGAACUACACUACCUUCAGGAGCUGGAUCUGUCUAACAAUGACAUCAAGACCGUGGACGCUGGAGCAUUUCAGGGUGUUUUUGACAGCCUCCUUGUACUGGAUUUAUCAAACAAUCGCAUCAAAAGUGUCCCCAAAGAGGCAUUUGCCCGCCUACGAGCAAAAAUCAGCCUCUCGAACAACCCGUGGCACUGUGAGUGCACGCUGCAGGAGGUGCUGAGGGAGCUGCGGCUGGACCCGGAGACGGUGAAUGAGGUGAUGUGCCACACGGCGGUGCAGGAGGAAUAUGCAGGCAAACCAGUAAUCCAGGUGCUGGACUCAGGGAUCAACUUUUGCAACUUUCACCACAAAACAACUGAUGUAGCCAUGUUUGUGACCAUGUUCGGGUGGUUCACGAUGGUGAUUGCGUACGUCAUCUAUUACGUGAGGCACAAUCAGGAGGAUGCCAGGAGGCACCUGGAGUACCUCAAGUCACUGCCAAGCAGCUCACAGAUCAGCAAGGACUUUGACACCAUCAGCACGGUUCUCUAACAGGCCUGGUGACUCAGGAGGUGUAGUGUGUGUGUGUGUGUGAGUAAAUGUUUGGUUGUUCAGAUGUUCAGAAUGACUAAAAAGCUGUUGCAACACAUCAUCACUUAUGUUUUCAAGCACAUCAUAAUCAUUGGGUGUCUAUAAUAGAAAAUACUGAGUUGCCCAUAAGUGAUGUAUUUUACAUUAUUCCCAAACAUUUGCUUUGGUUUUAUGAAAUAUACGUAAAUUGUUAAAGCCCCCAACCAAACAAGGCAGCAAUGAGAGCACAAAGUGAGCAAAAUGCUGCUGAAAGUCACAAAUACACAAGGAGUAAUAGAUCCAGAGUGGAGAGAUGAAUGAUCCUUCCCUGGUGUCGAUCCUCCAUGUGAUUGAAUUUGGACUGAGAUGAAUGAGGAGGAGUACAGUGUCUCCCAGUUACUUUGUAUCGACUGAUUUAUGUUCUUUGUGUCACUCUGUCAAGGUGAAGGCUAUUUUUGAGACUCCUGCUAAUAUAUGAACACGAUCAAGAUGUUAAAAUUCAGUUUGCAUUGCACAUGCAUAAUGACCCCGCCUUCAGAAAACCUUUACACAUCAAACUGUUGGCGCAGGAAAUAAUAUUUUUUACUUCAUGAAGCAUCAUGUCAUGUUAAAGAGUAUUUAAACUAGGAAAGCCUGCCAUGCACUUGCAGCUCUGAUAUGUUUUUUUUGUAGAAGACUUAAUCCUUUCUGGUCUAGGUUUAAUGUCAAAGAAGGUGAAAGGCUCUGAUCCAACUUCUUUAUUAUGUAAGGAAGUGAAAUAAAAACAAAAUUAGCACACUACGGCGCAUCAUAUCUCUCAAAAUAUGAACUCAGUUUCUCCGAUCCCAAUGACUUUUGGAUUUUCACAGGUUGAUAUUAUAGGCAACAUACAGAAAAUGCAAAAAUAUCUUUACGCACACUCUAUGUUGCAUCUGUUUGUAUUUUAGCUGCCUGGUCUCAGCAGUCCAUGAUUUAUUUUGCAGUGUACAUGGAUACAAAUUUUCAGUGGAUCUUAAUUGGAAGUAUGUUUCAUUUAUGCACCUCUUAAAUUUCCCAGAUUAUACUGUAAUCAGACUGAUCACUAAAGUAACACAGAAAAUUUCUUAUUGAUAAGCUAAUCUCUAUUGUAUGACUCUCGGUCAGUUAUACCUAUUGCUAUAACACCCCAGAUGUCAAACUCAUGGUUUCAGAAUUGUAGUCCACCGACGAUCAGAUGAUGUCACAGCGGCCACGUCCAUCUCCUAUACACCACCCAUGAUUUCAUCCCAAACGUUGAUCUUUUUCAGCCAGUGAAUUAAAUUCUGAAGUGCAAAAAUAAUAACAAAUAUGCCCAGAACUGUAGUUCUUCACCCAUUCAAAAUGGACAUAAUUCAGUUCCUGUUCAUUUACAUAGUCUUCAUAAUUUACCUGCGGAUUCAUUUUACAAACUGCUGCCAGGCUUUGUUGCACAUUUACACACAAAAUAAUUAAAGAUUUGUACAUUAAUGUGAAUUAAUAAAUUCAGUUCUUUCAUUAACUGACAAGAACUGCAAUACUGAUGCAAAAUGACCUUUCCUAACUUAGUUUUUUGCUCCAAAGGGUUUCAUAAGAACAGUAAAGUGGAACUGAAUACUUAAUCUGGAAUUAUUCUCAUACUAUGUCAUUGUCUUCAGGAAACUAUGCAGAUAAAGGUGUAACUUACAGAGACCCAUUUAAUAUCUUUAGUUUGUGAUUCUUCACAAGAAUGUGUCCUUUUGUGCAAUCAAGAUCAGUGAUGGAUCAUGGGGCAGAUAUUUGGUCAAAUAUUCUGAUAGCAAUGCUUUGCUGUCCCUUGUCCCUUAAGAAUCACGCAAUGGGAACUUCUGUCACUUAAAUGCAUCUAAAACCAGAUAACUGAUGAUUGGGUUUAGACACAGUGGCUACAGCUAAUGAGUACAACAUGCCCAGCUGUGUGAAAUAAGGUGAGGCCUUAUUUCCAUUAUUAAAUUAAGUCUGAAGGAUAAGUUUAUCAUGAAUCGGAGACAUCAGAGAAUUCACUGAAAACUAAAUUCCUUUUCUGUCAGUUUGUCAUCCUCGUGUGUUGCUUUUAUCAAUCUUUUAUUGAGAGUCUCAUGAGUUUUGCUUUUAUCUGCUGGCUUCACAGCCUCACGGUAAAGAGGCAGAAACAGCCUGAACAGCAUCACCAGAGUAUAUUCUGUCUGCAGCCAAUAAAUCCCCCAAACUGCAAAACAUUAGGCAUGUUCUGAACAUGCGAUUAGAGCCGUUUUACCUGUUUGUAAAAAGACUUACUGUUAAUUCAUACUUUGCAACUCAGAAAUUAAAUGGUUUGUAAAUUAUUAUUUUUAUUUCUUUAGUCCUUGCUGGUGAUUUAAAAAUACUGUCUUCAUUCAUUUAUUUUGCCUAAUCAUGGUGUUUAUUUUGGUUUUUGCAAAGUUUAUUCCACAUUUCACUUAAUCUGUUUAUUACUGUACCAGAAACGUCUCCAAACAAAUUGCUUCUAUUGGGAUUAAUAAAACUGUUUAUACUAUAUUGUGUUGUACAGUACUGGUGGCCCAAUGUGCGCAAAUCUCAACAAUGUGUCUGCUGGAUCUGUGUCAGGCAGGUUGAUUUGGUCCUGUCAGGUUUGAAAUGGAAAACAAUGCAAGUAGCAUUUCCCUGCAGCCAUAUCUCCAGACUCUCUGUCCAGAUUAUAAAAACCAAAUUACUGAGCUAAAACGCCCAUAGUCUAGUCAGAAAUCUCCAGAUGUUUGUCACUGUGAGGGAGCCCUUCUGCAUUCCUGCAUUACACAACCUUCCGAUUCAAGGUUAUACUAUUUUGUGAUAACCUGACACAGUAACAGUGGCCUGUAUAGAGGGCAGGAAUUCACAGCUACAAGGUGUUGAGAAUAUUUCAUGGGGGUUUGACAAACACACUCUGACACAAAUAUGGUAAUGAUGCUGAAAAUGGCUUUUGUUUGCUAAAAAAUUUACACCACUUCUAGUUAAGUAUUCAAAUGUUACACAGGCGUGCUAUAAUAUAUGUGCACAACAUACAGAAACCAAGUUGAGCUAAGUACUUCAUUACGUCUUAGGUCAGGCAGUUAAUCAGUGCAGGUAAAAGAAAAAAGCCAUCACAAAAUAACUUUAAUAUACAAAUAAAUGAAUACAGCUUUGAAUCGCAAUUUUACAGUCUAACUUCAAGGUUUGUAUGAAUAUGUGUGCUGGGUGUUGCUGUUUGUUACUGUCAAGCAUCACAUAUUAUCAGUUACCUUACGCCUCAGUCAUACAGGCCAUGAAACUGGGUGGUGACCCCCUGGCAACCACUGGCCACUAGGAAAAAAUUGAUCUGGUGAGAGGUUGCUGACAGUUGCUAGGUUAAAAUGAUUGUAAAGAGGAAUGCAGUGCUGCAUCAAAAACCUGUAAUUGCAGCAGAUGGCCAUCGUCACACACAGUUGCCAUGGAAGACGUUGACAUGCCUCCAAACACUUGCCAACUACUCGCUGAACGUUAGUGAAAAUGUGAAAAGUCUGUUGCAACCCAGUGAUGGAGACUGUCCUCGGAGUAAAUCAUGGACCCAGGAGACAAAAGUACUUCACACAAAGCAAUGUAGCGAUUAGAGAUCGUAGAAAGUCUUUUCAAAAUGCUAUGUCUGAAAAAAAGUGCUGGAAAUGUGAAGUCGGUGGUGCCAAGAUUAAGGAUGUUGCUGUUCGAGAUAUGAUUUGAGAAUUCUUCCAGUGUGGAUGCAGCUUAAAACAACACUUUUAGGCUGAAGGCAAAUGUUUUCUGUUUUGUGUUAGACUUCUUUGAGUUUAACUCUAGCUUGGUGAGUAGUUGGAGUGUUUGCAGACAAGACAAUAACAGGGAGGUGAUUGGAGCUUUUUGGUGCAGCACCCUCUUAGCAAACUGUUUCACCUAGUGAAAGCCAGCGACCUCCAGCAACUACUUGGCAACCAGUUGGGGAACACUCUACCAGUAGUUGCCAGAGGAUUGGCAACCAGUCUUGAAGCCAGUGUGACUAAAGGUUUAAUUAGCAUGCUUUAGGCUCAUUACCUUUUUUGAUUGUAGCAUACAUGUGUUUGGACACAAACUCAACAGGAUUUUUUUUUCUGGUGGUUUACUUUGUUGGUCAGGAGUUGAUUGUGUCCAAGUACCUACUCUCUGGGAUUUCUACACCAUAGCACUGUGCACUGUGCGUUAAGCCCUCUCGCUGUCCAUCCUCACCACUGCAGAAACAAAAACAUCUUCUGUACUUUCCUCAUGUAGUGACUCCCACUCACGUAGUAGUUCAAACAGGUUAAAAUAAUCACAAAAACACAAGUACUCGACCUACUCCAGGUGAAGAUUUGUGUUUAAUUUUGCAUAUUGUCAUUCAGUUUUUAAACUACUGUAAGUAUCUUUGUUACAAACGUGUCUGUCUGUGUAGUUUUGACCUGUCAUAUAACAAUGUUUGUGCUGGCCAAUGUGUAUAAAACUUUUCUGAACAAUUUUCUGAAGGAAUGCACAUGCCAUCUGUGUUGUUAUUUUGUAAAAUAUGUCUCUAGUUAAAUCAAAGUGUUGAGGUGUCUUUAGGAAAUUGUACCUGUCAGUUUUCUUUUCUUCGUUAGUAGAAGAAUAAGUCUAUGAGCUGUGUAUUUCUGUGAUGGAAAUGAAAGGGCUCUGAUAAUCAUAGAGAUUUUCUAUCUGUUUCAGUAAUUACUGUGUUUGUUUUGUUUCUCUAAAUUAAUGGACACCUUACCAGCAUUUCAAAAAUAAACAUUUCUUUUCAAACAUG